AUGAAGGUCACCUCGCUCGACCCCCGCCAGCUGAAGCCGCUGCUGCGCACGGAGGCGGCGCGCUGCCUGGUGCUGGACUGCCGGCCCUACCUCUCCUACUCGGCCUCCUGCCUGCGGGGCUCGCUCAACGUCAACCUCAACUCCGUCGUGCUCCGCCGGGCCCGCGGACGGCCCGUGCCUCUGCACUUCGUCGUGCCCGACGAGGCGGCCCGGGGGCGGCUGCUGCUCCUGCCGCCGGCGCGCCCGGCCGAGAGGGACGGCGGCGGGGAGCGGGACGGGGGGCCGCCGCCCCCGCGGCUGACGGCCGUGGUCGUCCUCGACCAGAACACGCGGAGCUGGCGGAAGCUCAAGAAGGAGAGCACCGCGCAGAUCGUGCUCAACACGCUGCUGGCCAGCCUGCCCGAGGCCGGGGCCAGGGUCUGCUUCCUGAGAGGAGGGUAUGAUACCUUUUAUUCUCUGUACCCUGAGUUCUGCGUAGAUGUAAAGCCUGUGUCCCAAGAGAAAACGGAAAUGGAGAGAAGCAUCAAUAGCCACUAUGAGAAGCAGUGCCUCCAUCACAAGCCAGCGUAUGAUCAGGGUGGCCCAGUGGAGAUCUUACCUUUCCUAUACCUUGGCAGUGCCUACCAUGCUUCCAAGUGUGAGUUCCUAGCCAAUCUGAACAUCACUGCACUCCUGAAUGUUUCCAGAAAGAGCUCAGAGCCCUUUACAGAUCAAUACUGCUAUAAAUGGAUUCCAGUGGAGGAUAACCACACAGCAGACAUCAGCUCUCAUUUUCAGGAAGCUAUAGACUUUAUUGACUGCAUCAGACGGGCAGGGGGCAAAAUCUUGGUGCACUGUGAAGCUGGAAUUUCUCGCUCUCCCACAAUCUGCAUGGCGUAUCUCAUGAAAAUGAGAAAGUUCCGUCUGGAGGAGGCUUUUGAUUACAUUAAACAACGUAGGAGUCUGAUCUCUCCAAACUUUGGUUUCAUGGGCCAGCUGCUGCAGUAUGAGUCAGAAAUACUGUCUUCAACGCCCAGCCCUCCCGUCGCCUCUUGCAAAAGGGAUGCUGUGUCUUUCUUUACUGAAGAGCUCUCCUUGAGUAAAAGCUUUGAAGGCUCCUGUUACACUUUUCCUACCUCAGUUUUGAAUUCUGUACCCAUUCACUCACCUGUCCAUCAGUUAAAACUCAGUCCUAUUGCUGCAACUUCAUCGUGCUGAACCCUUCUUGGAGCCAGGGACAAUACAGUCCAGUGAAUCCAGCAGAGAUGACAAAGACAUUUCAUCAACAUGCAAUACAGAAGAUCUCAUGGAUU